AUGGACUCUGUUCCAACAUCCCCAACACACACCACCAACACACUACCCUCAGUCAAGCAAUCCAAACUCUCCCCCAUCUACCAAAUUGUCCUCCCGAAGCUCGCCACGCCCGACACGCUCCUACACAGCAGCAAGGCGCGGGCAAGAGAGCGAGCCAUUUUAAGAAAGCCGCGCGCCACCACCCCCACAAUAUGGUGCGCUGCAAUCCUCUGCGUCAUAUUCAGCCUCCUCAUCAUCUUUUUCAGCAUCGCCAUCCUAGUCAUCUUCGUCGCUGUCCAACCGAGGAUCCCUUCAUUCGACACCCCUGGAGCGACCCUCAACGCGGUGUUCCUCAACUUCCCGGAGUAUAUCAAUGCAGACAUCACCAUACUAGCAAACUUCUCCAACCAGAAUAGGAAGCUGAGUGUGAGAUUCGAGCACAUCAAGGUGGAGGUCCACUUGAUGGAGGUGGUAGUAGCUACGCAAGAUGUCCCGGGCUUCGACUUGAGGCCUAGAGAGGCGCGGUUGAUGCCGGUCCAUAUGGUGUCCGGGUUGGUCCAUCUGCCACCAAAUGUUGCUGUGGAGUUUCAGAAAGAGGUGAUAAGGAACAGAGUGGUUUACAACAUUAAAGCAAGUUUUAAAGUGAGACUCAAUUUGGGAUUGAUUCAUUAUUCUUAUUGGUUACAUGGAGAUUGCCAAAUGGAUAUGAGUAGCCCUCCCACCAGCCUACAUAUAAGCCGCACUUGCAAAACCAAGAGAUAG